UUUUCUCCCCCCCUCCCUCGCAGGCUACUUUGGAUGUGGUGAUGAAUCUCCAGUUCCACUACAUUGAGAAACUCUGGCAGACGUUUUGGUGUUCCACAGCGCCAUCUAGUGACGGAAGCACAUCCAUUCCCAGCAGUGAUGACGACAUGGAAGGUACUAUUCCCAGAGAGAAGCUCUUGGCUCUGUGUAAAUAUGAGCCAGUGCGACUGUGGAUGAGGAGCUGCGAUCACAUCCUGUACCAGGCUCUGGUGGAGGUCCUCAUCCCGGAUGUGUUGCGUCCCGUUCCCAGCACUCUCACUCAGGCCAUCAGGAACUUUGCUAAAAGUCUGGAGGGCUGGCUAACCAACGCCAUGACCAGCUUCCCGCAAGAGAUUGUUCGCACUAAGGUGCUACCUGCCUCAAAUUUUGCCACCGCCUUUUGA